UUUACGUUUGCGUUCAUGCAGACUGCGAUUAUUUCUUAUUUUUAGAGUUUUUAUUUUAUUUUUUUUUCUCUCUCAUGGAGGCUUAAUGUCCAUGUCCAGCAGCAUGGUGGUAGUCUAAUUUUCUGUGAACGCGGAGCAGCUCGCUUAUUCGAUCAUUUAUGAUUUAUCGAGAUAUGAUAUGAAUGUCAACCGGUCAAGGUCCGCUCCACCAAUGCAACAGCCACGGCUGGAUUUUCUAGCUUCUGGUACGGAGUAUCUGCCGCAAGCGUUUGGAUGAAUUUUUGUUCAUUUCCAGUCCUGAGUGGACGGUGAGGGGAUAGAGAUUGUUUGUUUGAGCAGCGUGGGAGCCCCACCGUGGGAAUGACAUGCCGCAGUAAAGACGGGAAAUUGGAAGUAAUACGGAUCAGAAAACACUGAUGAUGUGACUGCGACGCUUUUAUUGAAAAAAAAAAAAAUGCUUCACUGUCGUCGCCCUGUGCAGAAAUUUAUAAUAUUACAGAGCAAGUCGUUUGCUUUUCGCCAAUGGACUGUGUGCAGCACUGACUGAACAGUAUUUAUAAGAAUACAUGAGCGCAGGAUCCUCCUUAGCUCCAUCAGCUCAUUGUCUGAAUCGCUUCAUAGUAUAACACCUGACAUUAACCCAAAGAAGGACUGAAGGCUGUUCUGAAAAAAAGAGGACACCAUGUCGGCGGUGAUGAUAACACGAAAGGUGCGAAAAUGGGAGAAGCUCCCGGGUAAAAACACUUUCUGCUGCGACGGACGCGUGAUGAUGGCCCGGCAGAAAGGAGUCUUCUACCUGACCCUCUUCCUCAUCAUCGGAACCUGUUCCCUUUUCUUCGCUUUCGAAUGUCCAUACCUGGCUGUGCAUCUGUCUCCUACCAUCCCAGUUUUCGCUGCCCUGCUCUUCCUGUUCGUCAUGGCCAUGUUGCUGAGGACCAGCUUCAGUGACCCCGGGGUGCUGCCACGGGCCCUCCCAGAGGAAGCCACAUUCAUCGAGAUGGAAAUUGAGGCUGCCAAUGGGAACGUCCCCGCAGGGCAGCGGCCUCCACCUCGUAUCCGCAACGUUCAGAUCAACAACCAGAUCGUAAAGCUCAAGUACUGCUACACCUGCAAGAUCUUCCGACCACCUCGAGCAUCUCACUGCAGCAUCUGUGACAACUGCGUCGAUCGUUUUGAUCACCACUGUCCGUGGGUGGGCAACUGCGUGGGCAAGAGGAACUACCGAUACUUCUACCUGUUCACCCUGUCCCUGUCCCUGCUCACCAUUUAUAUCUUCACGUUUGACAUCGUCCAUGUGGUCAUGCGUUCAGUGGAUAAUGGCUUUUUGAACACUUUGAAAGAAACACCUGGAACUGUGCUGGAGGUGUUGGUGUGUUUCUUCACCCUGUGGUCAGUGGUGGGACUGACCGGCUUCCACACCUACCUGAUCUCUCUCAACCAGACCACCAAUGAAGAUAUUAAAGGAUCCUGGUCCGGAAAGAACAGAGUCCAGAACCCGUACAGCCACAAGAACAUCAUCAAAAACUGCUGUGAGGUGCUCUGUGGGCCGACGUACCCGAGUGUCUUGGACAGGAGAGGACUAAUGCAGGAGGAUUUGCCUGCGCCUGCUGCACCCUCCUCCUCCUCCUCCUCCUCCAGCAGCAGCAACCCAGUGCCACAAACCACGAAAACCACAGCUCCACUCAUCCCCAACGAGCACACACCUGAUGAUGCCAAGCCGAGCAUUGCUGCUUCAGCAGAGAAGAGCCCCUCCCCCGGAGAGGAGCACCCUCCUGCUACCAAGGUCCCACCCCUGGCUUCACCUGAGACUGAUGCAGAGACAUCCGUCGUCAAGGACAAGACCCAUUAGUUGUAUGAGUGGGCGGCUCUAAUCAUAGCCACUUCCCCCCACCCCCCAUCGCCCCCACCCCCCAGCAUCCUGCAUGGUCAGGAACUGGAACAUUAAUAAUCAAUGUCUGAUUAUUGUGCAGGUGACUCAGUUAUUCUCCAACUCUUGCCCUACAUUCAGCCAGAAGAGUUUCUGCUGCAGCUCCUCCUCCUCCCUCCUCCUCCUCGCCAGUAGCUGCAGAGGCGUUUGAUUGACACUUACUCCUGCAGGAGGGGGAGUGAUUUAAUGGAAAGUCAGCAGCUUCCUCUGACUUAUGAACACUGCAUGGAAAAGACACACAGGGGGAGAAGCAGCUGGGAAAACUGCAGAAAAAAAACUCUUCAAGAGUAUGACUUUCCCCUCAGUUCACCUGUGGGUUGCUCUGAUUGUCAGUACUACUUCUUUUCUUUAUUUAAAAUUGCGUAAUGACAUUUAUUGUGAGAGGCCAGUUCCAAUAUAACCCUUGCAAGUGUCUGGCAAAGACAAUAUUACUUCUGGACAUGUAUAAACCUUCAUAUGUGCAGUCAGUUUUUUGUUGUGUGCACAUUACAUGCCCUAUGCAAACCAUGAGAAGGCUGGACAAGAGGCUUUUUAUUUAUUUUUUUUUUUGUUGUUUUGAUUUUUUCCUGUGCGGAUAAAAGUGUUUCACUUGUAAGUCUGUGAGUACACAUGAUGUCCAGGCAGGGGGAGGACAUGCAAAAAAUUUUUAGCUGAGAUAUCCCUAAAGGCUCCUUCCAGGCAAGUCAAAUCUACCUUUUAUUCUGAUAUUGCUGCAUUCAGUACUGUUGUUACUUACUUGCAUCUUGUUUUUUUUUAGGUUUUUUUUUUAACUUUAAAGGGAUCUGAUCAAGACCAACGGCUGUCAUUCCAUUUUUAUAUAAUCAAGGAUGUGGUGUGACGUUGGUGCUCUGAAAUAGAUGAAACUGCUUUGCGCACGGUUAAAGUCUUAUAUCCAGGAGACGCUUAGUCCCUGUGUGAGCGAGAAAAGGCCUGAAUUCUGAUGAUCCUAGACACUCGUAGCAACAGUGCCUUAUCACAACAGUUGCAAUAUGAAAUGCAGCUGAGGUCAACUAACAGAGAAGCCCCUCCAAAUUCGUUCUGAUAUAGUGUUAAAUGAGAAAUGCCAACUUUAAUUUGCAAAUUAGUGGUUCCAAACUCGUGGGUCAGAAGUUAAAUCUAAGAGGUCUUUAUUUGUUUUCUUCACAAGAUUGAUACCACUCUCAUGUCUGUGUAUUAAACACAAAGCUACAGGCUGGUGAUGAUUAGCUUAGCAUAAGCAUAAAGACUGGAAACAGUAGGAAACAGCUAGCCUGGCUUUGUCAGAAGAUAGAACAUCAUCAUUUGUGAUUUUGCAACUGGAACACUUUCUCAACUUCCUGUCGUUUUUACAUUUUUAAAACUAUUUAUAAACAUGCAUAAACAUGCAUAAACAUGCGCUGUUUACCUUUAGACAGGCUAGGUGUUUCCUUGUUUCCAUUCUUUAUGCUAAGCUAAGCUAACUGGCUGCUGGCUGUAACGAGCAAACGCACAGACAUGAGUGGUAACAAUCAACCAUCUAACUCUCAGCAAGACAGCAAAUAAGUUUACUUCUCAAAAUGUCCAAGUAUUCCUUUACACAGGAGAGGAAAGUUGGGGGAAAAAAACAAAACAUGAAUUAAACUUUCUGGAGAAAAAAAUAAGCAAAGCCAUGGUUGAAUUGUACAUAGUUUUGCAGGUAUAAAUGUACUUAAAACCUCUCAGCGGAUGAGUGACCGUCAUCAGCAAGGGUAACUGCAGCCAGUGUUAAUUAUUCUGCCUGUGAACUUGAGCACCUCCUCCUGCAAAUCACAUCAGAGCUGAUCUUCCUCAGAGUCCUCUCUCUUCCUGCCGUCUUUUGCCUUCUCGUAUUUAACUCAUCUUCUCUUCCUUUUCCUUGCAUCUUUGCUGUGACAGUUUUUCCUACAGUAAGCCCAAAGCCGGGGCCUCUUCCACUGCAGCCAUCUUUGGCAGGAUCAUUAUUGCAGAGAGAAAACAGAAAGACAUUCAAUCCGAAUGUUUUUUUUAAUGCGGCUUGAGAGUUUAUUUUGUUCUGGUUACAGAGAUCGCUCGAGGGGGACAGCAUCCACUCAGAAAAAAAUGAGAGAAAGUGAAGCAAAUUCUUGGUAUUUAAAUGAUUUUAGCAGAUAGCGAGGGUUUGUCAUAGUGAUUGUGUUGUAUGCAAGACAGUUAGUGUUUGUGAAAUAAUACUUGUGUAGAAAUUCUAGUGUGUCAACAGCAUCGUGUCAGACUCUGCCCGAGAUGAUUUAUUAUAAGACUCAAAAUGAUCACAAUUCCUCCUUAAUCUCCUAAAACAUAACUCCAAAACUAUAAGAGAGUGGAAGCAUGUGAAAUAAUUUUUAGGAUCUUGCAGUUGUUGGCAGCUGUAUAAUCAUUUUCUUGGAGCAGUUUAAAGCUCAAGACUGACAUUAGAUACUUUUAAAGAGUAAAAGAUGAAUCUAGGCCUGCAAGUAACAUUUUUUCAUUAAUUAAUCUGUGGAUCAUUUUCUUAAUUUAAUGAUUAUUUGCUCUAUAUAAUGUCAAAAAAUGGUGAGAAGGUGACAUAUUGGGUCUGUUUAUUUUGUCUAACCAAUAGUCCAAAUCACAAAAAUAUUCAGUUUAUUAAAAGAAAAUCACAUACAUUUGAAAAUCUGGAACUAGCAAAUUCUGUUCAUUUAUGCUUGAAAUUGCCAAACAAAUAGUUCAUAAUUAGAAUUGUUAAUUGAUUGAUUAAUUUCCUCUUUUUCUCUUUACUCAUCUUAUCAAUUAAUCGUUUCAGCUCAAGAUUAAUCAUGCUCUUUACUCUGGAUGAGAAAAGGAGGGAUAACCAACACAUGUCCUUUGGAAGAUGCUGUAAAGUGUGUGGCAGUAUUGUUUCUGUGAAGUAAAGAAGUGUAUUUACUGAAUAUUUGUUGGAACAAAUCUCCAAAAAAUGUUCAACUUUUCAAUGAUAAGUACUAAACCAGGACCAGUUUUAGUGGAUUUUCUUUGUGGAAGGUUUUUUUGAAGACAGUUUGAUGUUUCUGAUCGCUUUGUGUUGCUGUCACCGAGAAGCAAGAAUGUAUGUGAUUGACAUCCGAUAAAAGAAGGGACGUUUGUGUUGAACUCCUGUGUUACAACAGUCCCAGGUAGAUUUUAAAGGGACGGCUGAACUUUAAGUUUUAGCUCUAAGGGUUUGCGGACUGCACAGUGACCAAGCUGAGCUGCUGUGUGUGUGUUAUAUCCUGUGUUAAAAUGCCAUGACGUGAUCAGAUCUGAAUGCUCUGAUCAAUCUAUUACAUUGCAUUAUGUAUACAGAUACAGUACUAUACCAUUGAUGGAGCUCUUAUUUAUGUUCACUUUGUUUAGUAUCAACACUGUGAUUACAUGUAUUUCAUUCUAAUUUACUUCACUUCUUUUUACAUGAUCAAUGUGUCUGGUAAAUAAACAAUAUUGUCUUAUUAUUAUUAUUUGUUUUUCAAAAGAUGUUUUC